UCUCAGCGGGGACCAUUCAGGCGAGGACGACCACGGAGCAGCACCGAGUCUCUCCCCGGGACCCUGCACCAUGCACGGGGGCAAGAGAGGGCUAGUGGCUCCCCAAAACACUUUCCUGGAAAAUAUUGUCCGGCGCUCCAGCGAAACAAGCUUCCUGCUGGGCAACGCGCAGAUCGUGGAGUGGCCGGUGGUGUACAGCAAUGAUGGCUUCUGCAAGCUGUCGGGAUACCACCGAGCCGAGGUCAUGCACAGGAGCAGCACCUGCAAUUUCAUGUACGGAGACCUGACGGACAAGAAGAGCAUCGACAAAAUCAGACAAACCUUUGACAGCUAUGAGUCCAACUUCUUCGAGGUGCUUCUCUACACAAAGAGUAGGACCCCCAUAUGGCUCUACAUGCAGGUGGCGCCGAUCCGCAACGAAAAUGACAAAGUGGUGCUGUUCCUCUGCACCUUCAGAGACAUCACCCUCUUCAAACAGCCCAUCGAGGAUGAAGCUGCUAAAGGUUGGACCAAGUUUGCGAGGCUAACGCGAGCGCUGACCAACAAUCGCAACCUGGUGCAGCAGAUGGCACCUUUGAGCAAGACGGAGGUGAACCACAAACCUUCCAGACUGGCUGAGGCGCUGCAGCUGGGAUCAGAUAUUCUCCCGCAGUAUAAACAGGAAGCUCCCAAGACGCCGCCACACAUCAUCCUCCACUACUGCACCUUCAAGACCACCUGGGACUGGGUCAUCCUCAUCCUCACCUUCUACACCGCCAUCAUGGUGCCCUACAACGUCUCCUUCAGAACCAAGCAGAACAACCUGGCCUGGCUGGUCAUCGACAGCAUCGUGGACGUCAUCUUCCUGGUCGACAUCGUGCUCAACUUCCACACCACCUUCGUGGGUCCCGCGGGGGAAGUGAUCUCCGACGCCAAGCUGAUCCGGAUGAACUACAUGAAGACCUGGUUCGUCAUCGACCUGCUGUCCUGUCUGCCUUAUGACAUCAUCAACGCCUUUGAGAACGUGGACGAGGAGGCCAUGGUGGCAGCCGCUCCUGCAACUCAUCUACGAGAAACAUCCAUUUUCCACCGGAACAGCACCAGAGCGGAGGAUUCAGUUCUGCCGGGUCUCAGCAGCCUCUUCAGCUCCCUCAAAGUCAUCCGCCUGCUCCGUUUGGGUCGAGUGGCUCGUAAGCUGGACCACUACCUCGAGUAUGGAGCGGCGGUUCUGGUCCUGCUGGUGUGCGUCUUUGGACUGGUGGCGCACUGGCUGGCCUGCAUCUGGUACAGCAUCGGUGACUACGAGGUCAUCGACGAGACCACCAACACCCUGAAGACGGACAGUUGGCUGUACCAGCUGGCUGUGAGCAUCGGGACUCCGUAUAGGUACAACGCCAGCGGGACGGGCCAGUGGGAAGGCGGACCCAACAAGGACACGCUGUACAUCUCCUCGCUGUACUUCACCAUGACCAGCUUGACCACCAUUGGCUUCGGAAACAUCGCUCCGACCACGGAUGGGGAGAAGAUCUUCUCUGUGGCCAUGAUGAUGGUGGGCUCCCUGCUGUACGCCACCAUCUUCGGAAACGUCACCACCAUCUUCCAGCAGAUGUACACCAACACCAACCGCUACCACGAGAUGCUGAACAACGUGAGGGACUUCCUGAAGCUCUACCAGGUUCCCAAAGGUCUGAGUGAGCGGGUGAUGGACUUCAUCGUGUCCACCUGGGCCAUGUCCAAAGGCAUCGACACAGAUAAGGUUCUGUCCAUCUGCCCCAAGGACAUGCGCGCAGACAUCUGCGUCCACCUGAACAGGCAGGUCUUCAACGACCACCCGGCCUUCCGUCUGGCCAGCGACGGAUGUCUGCGGUCGCUUGCCGUGGAGUUCCAGACCACCCACUGCGCACCCGGCGACCUCAUCUUCCACAUUGGCGAGAGCGUGGACACCCUUUGUUUCGUCGUCUCGGGGUCACUGGAAGUCAUCCAAGACGACGAGGUCAUCGCGAUACUCGGGAAAGGGGACGUGUUUGGAGACGUGUUCUGGAAAGAGACCACCAUGGCUCGGGCGUGCGCCAACGUUCGCGCACUGACUUACUGCGAUCUGCACGUGAUCCGGAGAGACGCUCUGAUGAGGGUUCUGGAGUUCUACACAGCGUUCGCCAACACCUUCUCCCGAAACCUCAUCCUCUCCUGCAACCUCCGCAAAAGGAUCAUCUUCAGGAAGAUCGCCGACGUGAAGCGAGAGCAGGAGCGGCAGAGGAACGAGGUCGCUCUGUCCAUUCCGGAGGACCAUCCGGUUCGUAAGCUGUUCCAGAGGUUUCGGCAGCAGAGGGACGGGCAGGCGCCUGGGGAGAACUCGUACCUGGAGCACAACUGUGUGCAGGUGGAGCCGCAGCACCACCAACGUCCGAGCGACGCGUCGAAGCCACCAGAGGCUGGACCUACUGUGCAGACGAGUGGUGGGAUGGAUGGAGGUGCAGUCACCCCUCAGAGCUCGCAGGUGCUCACCCAGACCGAGAAGUCUGAGAUCAUCUCUGUUGAGUCGAAACUAAAGUCGAGCACGGAGAAUCAGAAGGGAGCUGGUGCCAGAGUCGGUGCUCGCGGUUGGGCGAAGUUCAAGAGCGCCACUUCUGCGCCUCCUCCAGUCGCUGUCGAGCCAGAAAAACAGGUGAAAGAGGAAAAACCGAAUCCUGUAUUGACAUUGCAUGUAGGUGCCAGUGAAACCCAGGACUUGGAGCAGAGCGGGGAAGCAGGGGGCGUUGAGGAGAGAAGCGUCCUGCACAAAACGGACUCCUGCGACAGCGGCAUCACGAAAAGCGACCUACGCAUCGACCGAGCCGGAGAUCUGAGGAACUCCUUUGAGCGAAGUCCAAUGGAUCCGAGCCCCAUGGAGAGGAGCCUCAGGUCGGACAGCGACUCGUCGCUCAAACACUCCUUAGCGCACCCGGCGUCCGAGCAGGCGCUCCUGCAAGCGACACUGUACGAGGCCAAAGUGGAACUGAAGGGUGACAUUCAGGUCCUGAGCGGCCGGUUGUCCGUUCUGGAGUCUCAGGUCAGUGAAGUUCUCAGGUUACUGUCAGUAAAGCGAAGACUUUCAUUGCCGCCUACGUCUUCGCCAAAACCCAGAAUAAAAACUCAAGAUAUAGCUGCUGCAAGGCCUAAAGCAGACGAUGGACCUUUUUGAAACUCUUGUUGCCACUGGACUUGACUGCAUGCAAAUGUAGCUCUCCCGUCACGCGAGCACAACAAGCACACUCUGAGCAAAACUCCACCAUUGCCAUUAUCCUGGCAGUCAAAGCACCGGCUAGCCACUUUUGUCAAGUCACAUUAAGGCUCUCAGAGGAGCACAUCUACAUCUCCUCCUUGAGGAUGAAGCAGCACAGGCUCCAGAACACAUGAAUAUCUACCAAUCGAAAAAGGCCAGCACACAGUAGUCAACCAACACGUGAGCAUCAGUAAAACCACACUUCACCCGUCUGGUCAUUUGCAAAGCAACCUGAGAAUCCCUGCUCCUGCUGCUCUUCUGACAAAGACCCCUCUGAAAUUCUCCAUCUGUUAGUCAAGCUACAUGAGAUUGAUUUUGAUGACUUAAAUCAUCAAAAACUCAGAUUAACGGCUGAAAAAAGUGGUAAAAAGCCUUAUGCCACGGUUAAAAUACUGGUUCUGACAACAGACCAAGCAACAACCAUACAUAUUAAGCGCUCAUAACAUUUGUUUUUUAAAUGAAUCUUUGCUUAAACAUCUACAGGGAUGGAGCUACAAGCCACUUCGGUUGCCAAAAUGAACACACAUUCAUGAUGAUGUCAACUGUAAAUGGGUUGUUCAAACUGCUGGUCUUCUGGAUCCUCACAGCCACUGCUGUCUUGCCCUGAACACGCUAGGUUCCUUGUGUGGGUGAGGACUGGAAUGACACUGCCCCCUGCUGUCUUUUGAAUGAACUGCCUACCACUUACAUUUCAAAUGCCAAAAAAGUAAUUUGAUAGAUGAAACAAAUGUUCACAUUAAUGUGCGAAAAAGCUGCUUGGCAGAGGUCUGCACUCCUUUCUUGAGCAAAUAAGGUUCAACGGCAGCUUCAGUUGCAAAGGAUCCCCGAUAAUCAUCUGAAUAAAUAAUUUAUAAGACAGUGAAAUAUGAAUAUGGCUCUGGCACAGUAAUUUCAAUUGUAUGUUGAGUUACAGGGGCUUCAGAGAUUUACUUAACAAGACUGCGGGGACCUCUUCAUUAGUGUAUGUGUCAUGCUGUUUUGCUAGGUUUGAUUUACGCUCUGGAGAAACUGAACAAAAGCAUCCUGGUGACUCCUCCCCUCUCUGAGAUGAUGCGUUUAAGUGGCUCCCGCAUUAUAGAUUUUUUCCCCGAGUGCUUAUUAGUAAUGCAGUCUGAUCGUUGAUAAGGCUAGAGCUGGCAAACCCCAUGUGAUCCGAUGGACGGACAUGUUGCUUUUACGCCCGUCUAGUUCAACGUCUGAUGGACAGCGGUGGGAUGGAAACCUGUGCCUUACGUCGUCGCAGCCUCAGCCAGGGAUGCAUUACUGAGGUCCCACUCUCACAAGAGCAAUAACAUAAAUCAGCGGGUGAUGCAACGAAUCCCACACGGCAACUAUGCAAACCCCUCUCGCUGCUCGGUCCCAUGUGCAUGUGAAGUAGAUGCAAAUGCAAACGUGUUUCAGACUGCAGGAGAUCGUACGCCUUCACAUGAGCCUGUAUGGAGCCCAUUUUGGCACAUUUGUCGAAGAACAUGACCGGAGACCGUUGAAUCCAACAACAUUUUUACUUCCUGACCUUUGAAUACUUUAGUGACUCACAUGUAAAGAAAGGAAGUUACAUCUUUACAGACUGUGGAUGGCUUCUUCGAGAUCA